CUGUAGGGUUCUUCUUCUUCUUCUUUCAGUAAGAUUCUCUCUAUACUGCUGGUGUUGCAGGAAAAUCCAAUCCAGAGAUUCGUUACCGAUGGUGGGAGUUUUUGAAGUAGGAGCUGUUCCAUUUAAUCCCGACGGUUGGGGUCCACCCGAAUCAACCACCGCUACCCCACCAAGCACGACCACCACACUCCCUCCCCAUGUCCCUUACGCCACCUUCUCCCGUUCCGAGAGGCUCGGCCGAAUCGCUGACUUCACCCGUUCUUUCUCCUCUUCGAACGCCAACGCAUCUAAUCGUCCUUCCUCCGGGAAAGCCGGCUCAGCCGAUUCCCCCUUCGAUUUCUCUCUCGACCUCGACGCCUUCCCUCUCGCUAACCCCGACGAUGGUUCCGCCUUCCGUUUAGUCGACACGAAGCCUACUCCUCGUCCUAAAUUUGGCCCUAAAUGGCGUUUUAAUCAACACCGACCUCAACUCCCCCAACGACGCGAUGAAGAAGUCGAGGCCCGGAAAAGAGAGGCCGAGAAAGAGCGAGCCCGUCGCGACCGUCUUUAUAAUCUCAACCGGUCCAAUCAGAACCAGCAACGUCGUGAAGCUGCCAUCUUCAAAUCCUCCGUUGAUAUCCAACCUGAAUGGAACAUGCUCGAACAAAUUCCCUUCUCAACAUUCACCAAAUUAUCCUUCUCCGUCUCCGACCCCGAAGAUUUACUUCUCUGUGGCGCUUUGGAGUAUUACGAUAGGUCCUUUGAUCGAAUCACCCCGAAGAACGAACGGAGACUCGAGAGGUUCAAAAACAGAAACUUCUUUAAAGUCACCACAACCGACGAUCCGGUCAUCCGAAGAUUGGCCAAUGAGGAUAAAGCAACUGUUUUUGCGACUGAUACGAUUCUGGCAACUUUAAUGUGUGCCCCCAGGUCUGUUUAUUCCUGGGAUAUUGUUGUUCAACGUGUUGGGAAUAAACUGUUCUUCGAUAAAAGAGAUGGGUCGCAAUUAGAUUUAUUGUCCGUCCACGAGACCUCUCAGGAGCCAUUACCUGAAGCUAAAGAUGAUAUUAACUCUGCUUAUUCGUUGAGUGUGGAAGCGGCUUAUAUAAAUCAGAAUUUUUCACAGCAGGUUCUGGUUAGGGAUGGGAAUAAGGUGAGUUUUGAUGAGCCAAAUCCGUUCGCCAAUGAAGGUGAUGAGGUUGCUUCUGUGGCAUAUAGGUAUAGAAGGUGGAAGCUUGAUGGUGAUAUGUAUUUAGUCGCAAGGUGUGAGGUUCAGAGUGUUGUUGAGGUUAACAACAAAAAUUCCUUCGUUACUUUGAAUGCACUUAACGAGUUUGAUCCCAAGUAUUCCGGUGUUGAUUGGAGGCAGAAGUUGGAGACCCAAAGGGGUGCAGUUUUGGCUACUGAGUUGAAAAAUAAUGCAAAUAAGUUGGCUAAAUGGACUGCUCAAGCGAUUUUAGCCAGUGCUGAUUUGAUGAAAUUGGGAUAUGUGACAAGAGUGCAUCCUAGGGAUCAUUUUAACCAUGUGAUAUUAGGUGUUGUUGGGUAUAAACCAAGAGAUUUUGCUUCCCAAAUUAAUCUGAAUACUUCGAAUAUGUGGGGGAUCGUCAAGUCUAUUGUAGACUUGUGUAUGAAGUUGAAUGAAGGGAAAUAUGUGCUUGUGAAGGAUCCAUCUAAGCCUCAAGUUAGGAUUUAUGAGGUUCCAGCUGAUGCUUUUGAGAAUGAUUAUGUUGAGGAACCAUUGCCAGAAGAAGAACAGGUUCAGCCACCAAGUGAGGAUGCUGAAGGUGUGGAGGCUAAUGAGACUACAACUGACGAUAAAGAGAUUGAGGCACAAACUUAGUGCUUAUUGGUGAGUGCAUAUCCAAAUUCUGGUUAUUGAAGGAGAAUCAGGGAUCAGGAGAUGCUGCUGUGUCAAAAACCAGAUUUGAAUAUCAAAGAUUAGUCCACAAAAUAUUUAUCUUAUUAUCUUUUAUCCGCAAGCUGCUUUAGCAAUAUACGUGGGAGCGAUUUUGUAAGAGCGUUUAUAACUUUUGCCUUUUGAAACUAAGCCUAAUAAUGCGUGUUGAGGCAAUAUUAAGUUUUUUUGCUGCUUCAGAAACUCUUUCAUCUUGAGUUAUUGCUUGAAAUAUUCAUCAUUACAGUUGGUAAUAAAUGAGACAGUUUUGGUCU